AGUGUCGUGUCCCGCGUCGCGCGGUUGCGAGAGCCUUGCGAGGUUUGGACGGAAAAUUCUACUGAAACUUGAUACGAUCUGCACACGCGUUUUGUCUGCAGUUGGCGACACCCCCAUUGCAAAGUUGAAACUGUUUCAAGUGGUACCGCCUUGCAUUUAGGGAACGUUGUGUGUGACCUUGAAACUGCCUCACGAGAUAACGACGUGGGUUUGGGGAACGUUCUGCGGGAAAGUUUGCUGCGCAAUAACAUGAUCACUGGAUAGAGUGCUUCGCUGCAUUACUGAGCGAUCAUUUCUCUUGCAACUGAUCAUGUGUUCGACUUCAUCCUCCGAUUUGUCGUUUCAGUUCUCUUUGCCAGAAGGCCUUGCGUUACGAGGCUGUCGAUUUGAAGACAACGUGCCUGUCCUCCUGUUUACUUCGUGUCCCAAAAUGCCAACUAUCAUGGAAGAAGAUCUGGCAGUUGUUCUGCGAACUGUCUAUUGCGAUGACACGUAUCCGAGCUUUUUCUUUCAUACAGUCACUAACCCGUACCAUCCUUUCCUUGGAAAUUGGCUGAAAACCUUUUCUCCCAACUGGAUAAGGGGAACUGGUCUAGGUGAGCUCUUGUUCGAGGCAGAUUGGAUCAUGAAAUGUUUGAUGGCGGGCGUGCGCUCUAACAAAGAGAUGACCAAGUAUGCAGCAUGGGAGAAAACCAGCAAUCUCGACGACUUUGCAUCUAAACUCGACUUCUUCCCCGACGACAACCCUACGUUACCAGCCGUCUACAUGUCUUGCUGCCUGUUGGAAGUGUACGAGACAGACAACGAACUGUGGUUUCCGAAAGAACCAAAGAUCAGGAUUGACGACCACAGUUGCAAGGCCUAUUCCAACUACAUCACCGACAUCUUUGAUAGCAUUGCCUAUCACGAUGAGCCUCUCUUGUUGAAAGUGCGAGAAGUGCCGAAGCUCGUGUUGUUGGCUAGGUGGCUCAAAGAUCGUGCUGUCAAAAUCAGUGUUGACUGGAUGAUGGAGAAAACUAAACCCCUAGCUGACAAUGAAGUUCAAGUGGCACGAAGGUAUCCGCCUGUGAAGGAGCUCGAAACGGCACUGAAUGCAAAUAAAGUAAGUCCGAAUUCGCAUACAACAGCCCUAGUUCCAAUGAUCCACGAAGUACUCGAGAUUGAUAUUUCUGACGUCGAGAGUGUUGAUGAUCGCCUCAUCAAGUGGAAGGAGACAAGAACAGUGACCAUACCGUGGAUUUCUGAAUCGAUGACCCAGAAAGUGACCUACAAAGUGACCGCAUCCUUUGACGAUUUUGACCGUGUUUACGGUGGGGUGCUGUCUCCUAAUAUGCACACCGAUCUGAAUUCUGGAAUUUGGCCUAAGAUCAAUCCUUUCACGUACAAGGUCAUGGAACCCUUGUCGGUCGGGUCUUGGUCGGAGCUAAGCCGACUGGUCGUGUCGACCCCCACAGUUUGUCAACCGGCUCUCCUAGGCUUUAACAAACUUGUUGCCGGUGGCGGGGUAAACUUGGGAAGCGUACCAAAGGUUUCUCCAACGGUGGCGCCAGUCGAACAAGUGCGAUGAAACAGAAACGAAGUACGAAAGACGGCCAGUUCAGACAGUAUUCUGAUUCUCUGGGUGUUGCUGCCACAGACAACAAAGUCAAGUCUAGACAGCCCCCUAAAGGCAUGCUUUCAAACGUGCCGCGAGAGGCUGCAGUCCCUUCGCGUUCCGUUUCCGUAAAGACGGAACCUCGCCGAAGAAACAAAGCUGUUCAAGACGCCACUGGACAACAACCGGUUUAUGGAACUCGCAAUUAUUCCACUGGCGAGAUGGAUUACUAGACUGCCGGCGGAGAGAGCGUUUCUCAUAGACGACGGCUUCAUGAACGCCAUGACCUUGAAAUUUCAAGUUCUUUACCUCAAGGAAGCACUGACAGACAUGCCAGGCAAUCGCUGGUUUUAUUCACCAAACAGAAAUCAGAAAAAGGACCCGGACGUGACCUACGUCUACCAUUGGAUUUGCUAGACAAAGCUAACCUAUUCCCAAAUGCAGAUGAUACUGUUCUUCCUUCGCCCAUGGACAGUGGUUAUGGUACUGGUGAUAGUACUCCUCGAGAUUCUGUGUUUAGCUUUGGUGGAACUGCACAGUAGACAACGAAUGAGUUGAAAACUGGCUGCUUAGAGUAACUUCUCUUUAUAUGUUUGAAGAGGUUGUGAGUAGUUUAAGAGUUUGAUGGUUGUUCUUGCCUUGAGUGUCUGUAUUGUUGAUAAA